ACUGAAGUUCAGAAAAGCAAAUUUGCUACAAGUUUUAUAGCACUUCAGCUACAAAAGAUUUAUACUGCGAAGUUCAGACGUGCUGGCACGACUGCUGGAAUUAACUUCUAAAAUGCUUGGAGAUAGAACCACCCACUCAAUGACUACUACGGAUCCCUUUGCCUCCCUUUCCCAAUUCCCCCACCCCUCCAAGAUGCACUCCACAGACAAUGACGAUCGAUCAUCGAUAAGUACAAGCGAUAACGACGAGAGCUGCAGCCUACAGCUCAACAACGAGAAACUCCACAAGGUUGGACAACUGCCUGCUGGAAAAAAGACCAGAGGACGAGUAAAAAUCGAGAUGCAGUACAUACAAAACAAGUUGAGAAGAUACACUACAUUUUCAAAGAGAAAGUCAGGAAUCAUGAAGAAGGCGUACGAGCUGAGCACUCUGACUGGGACCCAAGUCAUGCUGCUGGUCGCUUCGGAGACAGGCCACGUCUACACGUUCGCUACUCCCAAGCUGCAGCCUAUGAUCACCUCGGAGGCUGGCAAGGCUCUCAUUCAGACGUGCCUGCAUCAGCCCGACCCACCCAACCACAACCUGGGAGAUUAUGACAUUAGGAUGUCAGCGACAGGUUUCGAGGAGACCGAGCUGGGCUACCAACUACCAGAGGAUGCCGACUUCAAGAACUCUAUGGGAGAUCCAAUGGUCUCGACAGCCACUCCGAUGCAUACCAUUGUGAACCCCUCUGUGGUGACUAUCCCCCACGGAAUGAUGUCCAUGGGAUUCCACCCAAUGCCAGAGUGUUCCCCUGUGCCCAUAUCCACAGUGUCGCCCCAUCAUUCCUCUCCCCCGCCCCCCGGGUACAGUCACAGUCCACCCCACCAAACACCCGGUAGCCCUCAUAGAGCCUACGGGAGUCCCUAUCACCCUGGUAGCCCAGCUGGAGGCAUGCAGCAAUGCAUGAUGGAGGAGCUAGGAUCACCAUCGCUACAUCAUGUGGCCCAAGGGACAAUGAUUGAGACCUACAUUGACAGAUCACCAAGCAGGAGCCCUAUUCAACAUCACAAGUUCCAUCCGUCCCAAGGGCUUUACACGAACAGUCCUCAGGCGAUUCGAAUCUAAACUGUCUCUUAUCUCACUUGUCUAGUCUGUUUCUCUAAUUUGAGCUGGUCUCGCUUCUCGUUGUAUUGAGUUUGCCCCUAAAGCUACUCACCUACUCAUGUUCUGCUGGCAGAACUGGCAGCUGGCCUGCCAACAUGCAAUAAAUUGUUGAACUCUA